AUGGUGAAUUAUGUGCUAUUUGAGACAGCUUCAGGUUACGCUUUGUUUGAGGUCUUACAAGUAGAAGAAAUUGGCGCAAAGCUUGAAAAUGUCCAACGAGCAGUUGAAGACCUCGCGCAAUUUGGAAAAAUGGUUAAACUCAAGUCUUUCGUUCCUUUCAAAAAUUCUGCGGAUGCUUUAGAAAAUGCAAAUGAUAUUUCAGAAGGUGUUGUAAAUGCACAUCUUCAGGCAUUCCUUGAAAUGAAUCUUCCCAAGAGUAAAUCAAAAAAGAAAAAGGCUAAGCAAGUGGUAUUGGGAGUUGUCGACAAAAAUUUAGCAAGUUCAAUUGUGACACAACUUGGAUGUGAAUGCGAUACUAGCGAAUUAGUUCUUGAGCUUGUGCGUGGCAUUCGAUUACAUGCCGAUAAACUUUUGAAGGAUAUGAAGGGGGGUGAUCUUGAAAAGGCUCAGCUUGGAUUGGGGCACAGUUAUUCAAGAGCGAAAGUGAAAUUUAAUGUUAAUCGUAUUGAUAAUAUGAUUAUUCAAGCAAUAUCUUUAUUGGAUCAACUUGAUAAGGACAUCAAUACAUUUUCUAUGCGCGUCAGAGAAUGGUACUCUUGGCAUUUUCCCGAAUUAGUAAAAAUAGUCAACGAUAAUUACCAAUACGCAAAACUCGCCAAGCUAAUCAAGAAUAAAAGCGAUCUUACCGAGAAAAAUCUUGAAUCUAUUGAAGAGAUAACUGGCGAUGCAACAAAAGCUCAACACAUACUGGAUGCGGCUCGUUCUUCUAUGGGAACCGAUAUUUCAAUCGUUGACAUGAUCAACAUUGGACAUUUUGCCGAUCGUGUUAUCAAUCUUGCUAAUUAUCGUAAAGGCUUGCACGAAUAUGUCCAAUCAAAAAUGAAUAAAGUUGCGCCGAAUCUUUCUGCCCUUAUUGGAGAAAUUGUUGGUGCCAGAUUGAUUUCACAUGCGGGCAGUUUGACAAAUUUAUCGAAAUAUCCCGCGUCCACUGUUCAGAUUCUUGGCGCGGAAAAGGCUCUGUUUAGGGCUCUAAAAACCAAAGGAAAUACGCCAAAGUACGGACUUUUGUACCAUUCUACGUUCAUUGGCAGAGCUGGAACGAAACAUAAAGGCAAAAUUUCGCGCUUUCUUGCUAAUAAAUGUACGAUUGCGUCAAGAAUCGAUUGCUUUUCAGAUAAACCAACCUCCAAAUAUGGGGAAGCUUUAAAAGAACAGGUGGAAAGAAGAUUGGAAUUUUAUGAAAAUGGUGCCCCAUGCCCAAAGAAUGAAGAAACGAUGAAGAAUGUGUUGAAGUCACUCUCUCUAGAGGCGAAUAUGGACGAAGAUGAAGUUAAGGACACUAGUGACGAGGAAAGUGACGACAUGAUUGAGAAGCCAAUUCCAGAGCCAUUAAAAGCAAAGGAGAUUAAAAAAGAAUCGACGGAAACCCCAUCAUCCAAGAUAAAGGAAACUAAACAGAAGAAUGAAGACACGAAGAAA